UCUCGUGCCAAUUCUCCUAUCUACGUGCUCAGUCCUUCACCAUGUCUGAUCCACGCCUUCGGGGCCGCAAACAGCAGGUCACGCCUCAGGCUGCGCCCCCUCCGCCGCCGCCGCCGCCGCCGCCCAUGGAGCCGCAACCCGUGGGCCCGCAGCCCAUAGGCAUGGACGGCGCCGCCGACGCUUCAUCAGCUCCCGCACCGCCGGCGCCCGCAAACCCCAACGUCGUCCCGGACGACAAGUUCAAGCUCAAGUUCUGCACCGUCUGCGCCAGUAACCAAAACCGGUAGGUCAUCGUCCCCCAGCUCCAAACCCCCGACUAACUCACACCUCCAGCUCAAUGGAAGCUCACCUCCAACUCGCCUCCGCACACCUCCCCACCAUAUCCUUCGGCACCGGCUCGCUCGUCCGGCUCCCAGGCCCCACCAUCACGCAACCCAACGUCUACCACUUCAACAGCACCACCUACGCGACGAUCCACUCGGAGCUAUCCGCGCAAAACGCGGCUCUCUACACGCACAACGGCCUGCUCAACAUGCUGGGCCGCAAUCUCAACAUCAAGUCCUUCCCCGAGCGCUUUCAAGACUGGGUCCCCGGCAAACCGCGCCUCGAGCACGAAUCCGACCAGGGCUACGCAGGCACCGAGGCCGGCGUCGCCGACGUCGUCAUCACCUGCGAGGAGCGCUGCUUUGACGCCGUGCUGGAGGAUCUGCACAACAAAGGCGGCAAGCUGAAUAGGCCCGUGCACGUCUUUAACGUCGACAUCAAGGAUAACCACGAGGAGGCCCUGGUCGGCGGCAAGGCGAUUCUGGACCUCGCCCUGUCGCUCAACGAGGCUGCGGGCAGCGAGAGGGAGGCCCAUGGCGAGAGCGGUUGGGGCAUGGGAGCCGGCGCUGCGCGCAGCGGCUUUGACGAGAAGGUCCCUGCGAUACUGGCGAGCUGGCAGGAGCGCUGGCCGCAGAUGCCCGCGCUGUGGAGUCUGGCGUGGAUCUAAGCGUGCGACUGAGCGUGGCGUGCGGCGAGGAGCCGAUGAUGCAUUUUACGAUACCCAUGAAGCAUAGCGCGGCGUCUCGGGUCCCGGACACUCCGAUGCCAAAUACACAAUUCAUUCGCAUCUAGCGUUAAGGUGCGUUGUCGUCUAGAGUCACGUGGAAGCGUACCGAGCGAGCCGAAACAGAGCAACUAGAGGUAGAGCAAAGCACGG